GUCCGUUCCAGCCGUGGGUAAAUGAAAAACUAAUUUUGACAACUGCCAAAUGAGUGUGGGGGAUUGUUAAACAAAAGUCAUAGAGCCAGUUGAUAAUGCAUAAGAUAUUGACUCGCAAGCCCUCAUUUAUUGUCAUUUGAACAUUGCGAUAGGCGCAAAUUCUGAACAAUGAGUUCCUUUUCUUUCCUUGUGUAUAAAUUUCGGUGAAAAAUACAGCUUCAGCUACUAAUAGAAGUAGAAGGCAAAUAGUGCAUGUCAUUUGUUAUUAUAUCAGUCUCAUAUUUUAUUUGUAAUUAAUGUCACUUACUGCUUUACUUGCACGUAUUACAUACUACUCCCCUCUCCUCAAUUAAAAUAUUGAGGAAGUUCUACUGGCAUCAAAGGGCUUCGCACGCAAAUGGAAAAACAGGUUAAAGACAUGGAGAAUGACUACGUACGAAAAGAUCUCAAACUUUGCCUCCUUAAAUUCCUUUUACUUUGUUCUUUGAUGGGUCUUUGGAUCCAAGGUAGGUUAUCUUUGUAAGUAAUUCGGUAAAAAUGAUAUAUUCUGUACGCCUUGUGUAUAAGUACAUCCACGGGCAGCCAAGAGCACUAUGUUUGGGUUCGGGCUUCAGUGAUCAUUUGGUCGGAAUAUAUACCUCUUAUUAGCCGAGUUUUCGGUCCGUACUGUAAAUUACGGACCGAGUUAUUUUUCCAUCGAUUUAUGGCCCAAGCGCGAAGCGCGCGGACCAUAAAUCGAUGGAAAAAAACGAGGAUCCGUAAUUUACAGUACGGACCGAAAAAAACGAGGCUAAUAGCGGAGCUCUGGCGCGCGAAGCGCGCCUGCGGAGCACCAUGGGUAAGUAAAUCUACCCAUCCCAGAACAUUUGGUAAUCACGUGACCGUACAACGCCCGCCCGCUGCCCGUCCGUCCGCACCACAGGGAAACCAAUGUUCAAUCCCACACUUUCUAGCUAGUUUGGGAGAACAGGAAGACUGAUAUUGCACACAUAUUGCACAUCAAUGUUGUGAUCAAUUGACAGCUGUCAAAACAGGGUCCCGCUGACCAGUAUCACCUGACCGUAUCGCGGGCUCAGGUGUCGACCCAUCGAGGUCGAGUAUUUUUUGAAGUUAUCCGCUGACAAGUUACUAGUUUUCAAAUGAUUGCAGGCUCAAGUUUAAUUUUUUUCAAUUCAUAUGAAAUAUGUUGUGUUUUAUAUGUGCCGCACAAUUAAAAUUUUGAUUUCAAACUGACCUCGGAAGCUAAGAUUCAGCCAGUUUUUACAGGCAGGGAAGACAUGCCAGUUGCAUUUGACUUUUCUCGCCAAGGUCACGCGUUGGUCACGCUCUACGUCCAAUUUUUAUGCUCUGAUUGGUCAACAUUUGACAGGUGAGUUCAUGCGGAAAAUUUACGCAGCAUCUUGAAACUUGUUUACUUUGACAGCUGAAGCUGACAGAGUUUUGUGUCAACUUGUGAUGUUUUUAAUUGUCUUUUUCCACUGAACAUUGUACAAAAUGAAAUUCAGCCGCUAGCAAGAGUCUUCUGUUAUUCAUGGCUAGUUUGUUUAUCGGGUUUUUGGUUGAGAAAUACGUCGCUUGUCAGAGUCGGAAAUCCGAUUUCGGAUGGCAUCGUUUUCGUUUUUCACCUUGCUUGAUGCGUAAGAGGGUUGAAAAGUCUGAAGCGAUUUUGGCCUUACUUGAAAGUUUUCCGUGCACCUCGAAUGGUAAGCCCGAGUAAUCAUUUUAUUUAAUGUUUGUUUUUUAUGUCUAAUUCAAUGAACUCGAGUGUAGUUUAUGGGGCUAUUUAGUUUAUGCACGAUUUGAGACAAUGAUCUGACCGAGUAUCAGGUUUGAUUAUAAGCUUAUAGAACUUUAAAAAGCCUUCAGACAUUUUCUCACCGCAAAUAGAAAGAAAACGUUCCAAAGAAUAUUUAGUUGUAAUUCUGGCUGUAAAAGAAAGCUUUGAGCGAUUUUCUUGCCUCGAGUUCAUCUUUGAAAAACGCAAACACCGGGAAACCGGCUUAAAACAUAAACAAGGAUUUUCAGAGACACUUUAAUACUUGUCUUCGUGAAUGAAAAUUGGUGUCUCUGUAUAUGUUUCACCGAAUUAUUUUCCUAUUAUCGAUUGUUAGUAGUCUCUUUUGCAAUUUUCAUCGCUGUUGUGCCGUUUGUUUUCAGUCGCUCAUGAAGCUUCAUGAACAUAGCUUGCAGGAGUAGUCAAAAUGCCGCGCGUAUCAAACGCGUUUGAAGAUAACACAUCGUUAUAAAGCCAUUAUGUUGAAGCGUAUAACUGUGUUAAUCUUAAUGUAAACAGUCGACUUUGGCGCUUGUCAAAAGUGAGAACUGGCUCGCCGUAUAGGCGAUUUUGGAAAUGUUUUAACGGUUUCGCUAACGCGUGCUUCGAUCGUCCUGAAUAUUGAAUGAGUGCAAUUUGUAUUGCAAAAUUGUGAAAUACUGCAUUCUGUCCGAGGUCUGUAUGAUAAAAACAGCGCCUCAUGGUACUAUUUCACCUCAGAUGUGAUGUAUAAAAAGUAUAAAAGGUUGGUUUACACGUCCCCAGACUUGUUGGCAAGAUUUUGUAAAGUAAACUUAUCGAACGCAAAAAAUUCGGCCUGCUUUGUUUUCCUAAUGUACUGUGAUCAAGAACCAUUAUAGCUAUGCUAUUUUUUAGGUGUACAUAUAAGGCUAUCAAGUCGAUGUAAGAUUAAUUUCUCUCUUAGCUUGGACUGUUUGCAAAUUAUUUUCUUCUAAAAUUACUUAGCCUUUCCGUCAAAAGUCACAUGAAUGUGCUCUAAAGUUAACUGAUUUGUGGAAUACAAGUUUACAACUGUUUGAUUUAAAUUAUAAAUUCGAGUUAGUAGGAGCUUCGCUUUUAGCCCUGGCUAAAUCUAUAUAUUAAGAUGUUUAUUAUAUGGCUUCUUCCUGUUUGGGGGACCGGAAACAAGUCCAGGACGCACGAUUUGACAGUCAUUUGGCAGGCGUCAAAAAAGAAAGUUUUUAUUGGCGCACGAAAACAAUAACACAUAACAAAGGCUUUCCGAUAAAGUAAAAACAAAUUCGCCGUGUUGAAAAAGUUUAUUCGGUCAAAACUAAAAGCACUGUUAGUUUUAGCUAUUAAAUGUAACGCUGGAGUAUUUUUGAAACCGGACAAUGUGUCUGUCUAGAAGUCGUUUCCAUCUUUCCUCCGUUUGUCCUUGGGAAAAAACACUGCAAAAUGCAAAGAAGCUUUUCAAGGUAAGUCUGUUGUCAUUGUCGAAGGAUUCGCUCGUUAAUUGUUUUUUGGGAAAACCUCUCUUUCUACCAGUUCAUUCUCGUCUUCAAUUGUGAUCUGCGUUAAAAUUUUCAAACACUGACUAGAAUUCUCUUCCUCGGUAAGGUUACGAUUCAGUUUCUACAACAGCUUCGUUCUCAUUAAAACAAAGCUAGGUUAAAAUUUGGAAAGGCAAAGUCAACAUUCCAAUCCCCAGGGUUUACAGACAUAAUUUAAAUUUUGUUCGGUCGAAACUAAGAGCACUGUAAGUAUUCACUCGUUAAUGUGACGCUGGAGUCUUUUGAAAACUGGACAUUAUUGUGUCUGGCUCGAACUCGCUUCUAUCUUUCUUUCGUUGGUUUUUGAAAAAACACUGCAAAUGGCAAAGAAGCUUGCAUUGUCAAGAUGAUCGGGUGCAGGUAUGUUUGUUAUCAUAUAUUGUUGAAGAAUUACUCAUUUUCUCUUAGGCAAAACAUCUCGAAUCUCUGCCAGUCGAUUUUCGUCUGUGUACUACGAUAAAAUUUUCAAAGACUGACUAGAAAAGGCCUUAUCACGGUUUUGACGAGUAGGCAACCGCGUGAGAAAUUACAGUGUUUGUAUGAGAAUCUAAUGUCCAAAAAUUUCCGUAAAACGGCUGUUCUGAAAAAAAUAUGAAUUGUAACCUAAAUUUUCACUCCUAACGAUUCUUUCGAAAAAAUUAGAGGUCGUUACAUGCAGCUAUAUGCGUUAGAACCACUUUUGAAAAUUUUCUAUACAUUUGCCUGUAAACGUUUCCCGGGAAAAAAUUGCAGACAAAUAUGUGGAAAAUCUGAAACAAGAGUCUGGAGAAAUUUAAGCACAGUAACGGCCCCCAAAAUUUGAUAGUAAAAUCCUUUGCUGUGUAGCUUUAGUUUACAGUUCAUAUUUUUUCAGAAUAGCCGUUUUACCGAAAUUAUUCGACAUUAGAUUCUCAUACAAACACUGUAAUUUAUCACGCGGUUGCCUACUCGUCAACAUGGCGUCGAAAACCGUGAUAAGAUCUAUCUUCUUCGACGGUUGUCGGAAAAUCUCAGUUGAUAAUCUAAUCUAUCUUCUUCGGCGGUUGUCGGAAAAUCUCAGUUGAUAAGUAAAAACGCUUGUUAAUUAUAAACAUGUUUAUGUAUUUCACCCAGUUUCAAGACUUUUGUCCCUAAGGAAAGAGUAAAACUUGUAAGAAUGCAUCAUUUGAUUGAACUUCAUUAACUCUUGUUUGUUUAUGCAACAUGAUCGUUUAUUUCACCAUUGUUUGCCAAAUGAAUAUCAUGAGUACUGAUAAAAUCACCAAACCUUUUAUUGUAAAUGCGAACUUGGUUUCCCUGUCGAUUACAGGGCACAGUAAAAAGCAAUUAAUUAAUUAAUGGACUCCAGCCUUUUGGAUACUGGCUUAAAAAAUUCUUAGUGAAAAACUGCAAGGGGUGACAGGCUGCACAUCUAUACCUUUAAUUUUUUGGCUCUAACAAGCAUGUCCUUUGCCAUAAUUUUCCUUUCUCAAAGAAAUAACACUUUAACCCUCGGACGUACAAGGGGUGGGGGGUUGAAAACAACCCCCCCUUUUAGGUUUUUCUGGGAUUUUUCCAAGAGGAUAAAACAUCAGCACCUGACGUUUUCAGUAGAUGUUUGUUUAUUCCUCGCACGCAUUUUGAGUCAAGUUCAGUGAUGAUCAGUUUCUAUGGUUACGAGGUAUGACGUAAUAAGUAGCAGGUCGUCAAGCCAUUUUGAGUGAGAAUGUAUGUCUCUUUUUCAACUUUUUUCAACAAUAAAAGAAAAAUCUUGCAGCCAAAAUCAUGCAAAGUGCUUAUUUAUGUGUUAUUAUUCAUGUCAAGCAAUUACCAUUUCUGGCGGUUUUAACCUGAUUUCUAAUUCUUGGUAAAAUCAAGAUGGCGGCAAAGAUGGCGACCAUUGUUGGUGACGUAACAGGCCUCCAGCAGUGCCAUCAUUCAUAAAAUAUACCUCGUCUUGUUAAGAAGAUCAAAGGCUUUUCAGUGAAGGCAAAAUCAAAAACUCUGGGGAGGGGCUCCAUCUACCCUCCUCUUGUACCAUGGUGGGGGGUAUGAUUUUGUGUGUACGUCCGAGGGUUAAUUUGGCAAGGUAGUGUUUGGUUUUGUAUGAGACUACACUUUUUCAUUAAAGCUUCUUUCAUAAUAGACACUGAACGGCUUGUAUUGUGUCACGAAAGACAAUAUUUCUUUUUCUUCCUUGUUGUUUUGUUUCAGGAGCGCUGCUUUCCUUCUGUGAGUUUUACUUCUAAUAGAAAUUUUUCUUUCAAAAUUGUGUGGCCAGCCUCUGUCCAUCAACCGCUUUUUGAAAUCUGAAAUACUUCCUCAGAGGAGUUUGUUCCUAGGAUUCUCAAGGCUUCGUGUUUGUCAAAUCCAUUUUAACAAUUGGUGGGUGAUAAGAGGUGAAAAUGUAUAUACUGGAAGGUUUCCGUUUAAAAUGCGUCUUUACGUCAAUGAUAGCUUUUUCUCAUUUUUCGUUCAAUGUUGUGCCUUGGUAUACAACCUGGUCUAAAAAGAUUGUCUCAGUGUCAGAUAUUUCGGCCGUUAAUUUUAUUGCCAGUAGAGCGGUAGGGUGAAGUAAGUUUACUUGAUCCAUGAAUUUGAAGAAAUCUACCAUGUCUGGUUUACCUAUGUCCCAUAGGGAAAAAGUAUCAUCUAUAUAGCUUUUUCAAACAGUUGGUUUAAAGACCGUUUUGCUUAACUUUGUGUUUCAAUGUAUGCGGCCAUGAAAAUGUUGGAAAGAAAACUGCUGUAUGUGCUCAUCGCGGUACCGUGGUUUUUUUUACUAUAUAUUGUGCUUUUCAUUAAGCUGGAAAGAAUUUUCUUUGAGGAUUAUUCUAAGCAUUUUUCGGAUCGAAACAAGAAACGCUCAGUUUUUUCACCUUUGUCUUUUCAAUUCAAAGUAGACAGACUGCAAAUUAUCUUAGCUGCUAAAAAAUAUAUAUCUACGUGUCGCAACUGUUCAUCACCAGGAUGCCUAAAAUGCGUGCAAUUCCACAAUUGGUUUCGGCUCCAUUAAAUCCUACACCAAUUGCAGAACAUUUUAGGAGGAGCCACCCACCAUGUGAGCACUGUUAAAAUUUAUAAAGUCGGUAGCAUCUUUAAGGUGUGGUUUCUGUGAUUAUGACAUUAGUUGUAGUAAUGUACCAGUAUCAACAAAAAAGGAAGUUCUUUCUGUUAGACCAUCUAAUGAGUCAUAAAUUUAAAGAGGUUACUUCCUAACGGCUAGGAAAAAAAAAUGCAAAAUGCCCUUUUUUUCUGCAAACAAAUAUUGAUAAUGUUAGCCUAAGUCGGUAGUCGGUUGAUAUUUUUCCUGUCGGUAGUCGGUAAUUUUUUACUCGUUUUGUCGGUAGUCAGUAAUAUUUUUCGCCCUUUGUCGCUAGUCGGUUAACCCCAUUCACACCCGCCCCUUACCUUUAGUUCAUAGCCACUCUGUGUCCUACGGCCGGUUUAAACGCCGUUUAGUCGACUUUCUUUCCAUCGAGUACUGAACACUAUAAAAGAAUAAUGUAAUCUGUUCGGAAAAGCAAACAUUGCCUGAAAUUUUCUAUUAUUUGAGGACGGCUACAAAUUUCUAGGUGACUGUUCCAUUUAUUCGAAGCUUACCUAAUAAAUUCCCACGAUUUUUUGAAGUUUAAUUCUUCACAUUUGACUACCCAAGUUUCUCUAUUUUUCGUAGUAAAAAGAAAACGUAAAAUUCUCGGAUUCAAAAAUGCGUUGGACAGAGGCAUUAGAAAAAUUCUCACUUUCGCAAAGCGUUAAAUUGCAAGUAAAAUUUUCGGGAAAGUAAUACUGAAGCCCUAAUAAUUUCGAAAAGACUCAAGUUGCCCUCGGACGACCGAACAGAUUGUGUGCAGGUUUGUGUUAGUUAAUGAAUGUUUGGAUCGAUUUAGGUUUCUGGCAAACUGCCCGCCUACCCCUCCCCUAAGCUAACAUUAACACUCACUUCUCGCUUAGGGCAAAAUGAUGGCUUAGGGGAGGGGUAGGUGGGCAGUUUCCCAGAAACCGAAAUUGCGAAUGUUUGAUCAAAUGAAUAAUUUCCAUUUUUAUUCUUUACUUUUUUACGUGAUAGAUGUGUCACCCACAGGGGCCCUAGACUGUGAAAUAAGUGCACAGAAAUGUCAACCUCCUCUGGAGACAAAAACCCGCACAGUAACACCAAAAGACCAUAAAGUGACUUUCAACUGCUCGAUUAAGAAUGGGGGAAAAGUACAAGACAUGACCUGGCAGGACCUUGAAAGAAACCUCAGUGCCAAUAACGGUCUAUUCUUACAUCAAAACAAUGCAAAGGAUAAAAAUCUGUCACGUGAAUGUUUUUCAAUAAAAUAUGCCAGUAAGUAUGUUCUUUUGAAUUAUAGUGAAUUACUUUUUUUGUCUUAUUUUUAAAUGGAUUUAAUCCGUGACGAAUCCCAUGAGGGCCUCGUAACAGGUUUGGGCAGAUUCAAGCUCAGCUGAGGCGAUUUUUACGGUUGAAUUGAGCGUCAAAACGGUUGAAGUUAUAGCCAGCUAAAUCACCUCACUUAAACAUGGUUCACCGCGAAACUCUAGUUGCUCAUGCCAUGCUUGAGGGCAAGAAAAGCAAAGGGACAUGACAAACAAUAAACAAAGGAAUCAUUUCAAAUGAUGUUAGCUUUUUGUUUGGCUUGACUCAGUGCGCAGGGCCUCGCUCUCCAGCAUGGCAGGUUUGUGCCAAAAAAAUGACUAACUGCAAAGGGCCUAUUCAACAUGAACAAGGCAUGGAGUAAAACAUGGUUGGUCCGUUUGACUGUAGGUAUCUUAAAAAUCGUGAGCUAAGCAACGACGAUGACGACGGCAGUGAAAAUGUCGCUAAAAAAUUAAAUUUGCCUCAUUUCAAAUGUUAUCGCGUCUAUUUGGAGCUGCUUAAUUUGUCAAAUGUAGGCGAUUUCUCUCGGAGUUGAAUUCCUAAGGACUUUAUCCAGGUUCAGAAAGGAAAAGGAGAAUUCGUCGUCGUAUGUUCACUUUCUCUAUAAAACGUCGCAUUAGGAGGUUUCACUUCAUAGUCGUGGGGUGAACGUCAAAGCAAUGUACUAAGAAGCUUAUUAUUAUUAUUGUAUAUGUCAUUGAUGCACGUGCAGCAACUGUUGUUUUCAUGUUAAAACUAAUUGUUUUUUGACGUUGUCGUCGUGGUGGUUAAGAUUUUCACAUUUCAGAUUUUGAUAUUUUUUUGCACUAAUUCAAGAGGUUGCUAUAAAAAUUACAAAUAUAUUACAAAAACAAGAAGAAAAAAAAAAACAGCAAAUUACAUAAUCCUGAUCGAAUUAAAGGUGAAAUGUGCGCAGUGGCCAAAGGAGCUUACUAGGCUUUCGAGCUGGUCACUUAAUUAAGCUUCCUAGUUUAAAUGACUGGGUGCAUGACUUACGAGCUUUGAAAUUAAGACGAAGAAUUCCUUCUCAGUUCCAGUUAAGAGAGUAUCGAAGACAAGUUCUCCCGUUGACUACCAUCCUGACACGAGAGAAAUGGAAUUGAAGUGUACCUUCAAGGGAUGGCCUCGUCCUCGUGUAGUUUGGUACAAUCCAGAUAACAAACAAAUCGUCAACGGAUCUGAAGGUUUUUACAUCUCAGAGCAGCUGGAUCGAAAAGAUACCUUAACUUCCCUUCUCCGCAAUGCUAAUAUCCAAGAAAAACAAGCAGGGGCUUAUCAAUGCACUGGAAUGAACAACAUUACCGGCUGGUCGACUGAAAAAUCAGGGAUAAUUGAGCUGAAUCAUCGCUGUGAGUCAUUUUUAAAAUUUCUUAUUUCUUUUUAUAAACACCGAUCCACAAAAACCACCUUAGAUAAUGAUAAUGCCGUGUUUGCCCUGUAAGCAAUAGAAAGUAUCCCAUUUAGACCAAGAGGGACAGCUCAUUCUCUCUGAAUUUAAAAGAAUAUAACUGAAAAUUUCGUGCCACCUUCCUCUUCCAUUCAGACAAAUUGGACCCUGGAAUUUUUAUUUGUUUACCCCUCGGGUCGCAAGGGAUAAGUAAAUAAGUAAAUAAAUAGCUCAUCCACAAAGUGGUUCUUUGUCUACCAUUCUGGGUCAAAUUUACCCUGCGCAGCUGGCGGGAUUAACGUGGGAGUGAUGUGUUGUUUUGGCGGCGAUGGCGGAAUAAGGGUGAGAAGCAACAAAACUCAACCAGGCCGGCCACAUGUGAUGUUGCCUGAGGAAUCAAGCACAGGACAGUCAUUAAUGAGAGGGGAGGGUUCUCACCUGAAAUACAGUAGGACCUCUAUAUAACGAAGUCCUCGGUAUAAUUAACAAUUAUUACAUGAGUGUGCGUUGGAUGUGAGAUGGUAGCCGCGAGUGGAAUAAUUGUUCUUUUAAAAACGCCCACAAACAUCGAGAAUUCGUCCCGACUUUAUUUGUAAAAACAACGCAUACAGUUACCAUAUUUGGAGAGCAUGGUACAAUUGAUGAAUGAGGCUGAGUAUGGAGAUCGAGGAGGGUGUUAUCUGUCGAGACCGUAGGCCGAGGCGGAUAACACCCUCCGAGAUCUUCAUACGAUGCGAAAGCCGAAUUCAAUAAUUGUUUUAUUUAUUAUUCAUUCAAAAUAAUUCCUAGUUUAAAAACAUGACUAAAACAUGCUUACCUCUAUCGAUGUUAAGUUCAUCCUCGACAGUGCACGUUUAGGGUUGUUCAGCUCGGCAAAUAUUCUCCAAAUAGCAGAUGUCGCCCUUCGAGUUGUCGUCUUGCUGUUCUUGCCAUGUUUUUAGCUAUUUUUUUGCCUAGUUCUUGCUUUUGAAAUGAGUGAAAUGUCUUUCAUUUUGUUUUCACAACCAAAACAACUCAACCUUGUCCCCAGGUCUUCUCGGUUAAAGGUCAAUAGCUGGUUAUUGCGAAUUAUGCGUGUACUUUUAGCCAGUCAGAAUCGGGGAAAUAUUUUGAAUGAUUAAUAAUGAGUCAUAUACCAUGAUGUCUAAGCCAAUCAGAGCACUAGAAUUGCAUUAUCCAAUGAUUCAAUUCUUAAUAGUAAGCGAUACUCUCCACCCCAGAAAUAAUACAGUCAAACCCCGUAAAUCCCGACACUGAAGGGGCCGUACUAAGAAAGAGUCCGUAUUAACGGGGUGACCUUAUUAAUCGGGUUGAAAAUGAAAGGGCUUUCUUUCCCCAGGGACAAAGCCAACUGUCCGUAACAAUGAGAUGUCUGUAUUGAGCGGGUUUCCAGACUGGAGAGGGGUUUGACUGUACAAUAAAUAAAAGGAACCUCGAUAUAACAAACCUCUUUAUAGUGAGGAUAUUUUGCCAGUCCUUUGGGUCUUCGUUCACCUGUUCGUUAUUAUAUAUCGAGAUUCCAAUGUAAACUGUUGUGUGGUUGUUAAAAAGAGAAAACGAGACGCCGUUUAGUUAUUGAAAUCAACCCUUAGUAGCACAGGCCAUAUUGGUGGGAGGUAACAGAAGUGGGGUUCAUCCGAUCAACCGAUCGUUAGAGCGCCUCUAAAGAUGGCGUGACGAAACAAGUCGCAAAGGAGGAAACCAGUGAGGCCUACUCUGGGACCUUAACUCGCCGCGAGAUUGUGCGAGCUAAUGCGAGUUUAGGCGAGUUAAGGCGAGAAAAGGAAAAAUUGAGCUCACCUAUCAGUUGCGAGUUAAGGCGAGAUAAGGCGAGUCAAGGCGAGUUAAGGGAAAAUGGUCAACCUAAUGUUUAGGUGAUAAGGGUUAACACAUAUAUCAUGCUUUAGUAACACACAUAUAAAGAUGCCUUGUGCCUUGCAAUCUUUGUAUGUCUUAUGUAUAUAUACGUAACAGUCUCCAUGUUGCCCAAUUACAAAAAUUUUAGAUGAGCUCCAAAGUUGACUGAAGCCAAAUCUUAUUUAAAGUUAGUACCGGUAAUUGAACAUUUUUUCCUAAUUGGGCGAGUGGAGUAUGGAGUCCUUGCCCUGGUUGUUCAAGCAUUGGAUCGCGCUAUUCAACAAAAUGAUAAAUCACUAUACAGCGGAUAAGUACUUGGAAAACUAAUUGCACUAUCCACUGGAUAGAGAUUGAUCCGUUGGAUAGCACUAUCCAGCCUUUGAAUAACCAAGGCCUGGUUUUUAUUAAUUAUUAUAUAGCAUUCAGAUACAAAAUUAUACGAUUUGGUGGCUGUAUAAUACCAUUAUUACUAAUAAAAGUAGUCAUCAUCAUAUAUUAUAUAUUAUAGCUGCAUAAAUAUUUGGCAGAAGGCAGAAUAAUAAAUUAGUGAAAAAAGAAACUAAUGUACACAAAACAAUCAUGAAUAGAUGAGAAAAUGUAAUUGUAGUACAAACACAGAUGGGAUAUUUAAUUUUACUUAUUUUUUUAAUUCAAUAACACUAUGUUUUAAUUAGACUGUAGGUUAACAUAAUAGGUAUCACAUGAUGGCAUGAAUUGUUAUCAUUAACUCCAGAAUUAUAAAAGAAUAAUGUUUUUUACAUUCUGAGUCAAUGUUCUUCAAAGAACUAGUAUAAAAAAACGGAGAAGCUUACGAAUUAAAGCUGAGAUGUGGACAUUUGUAUGACACAAUCAAUUUUACUAAAAUGACAUGAAAUUCUUUCUCCUUGAAAGUUAUAAGACUUAUCUUUAAGUCUCCCAUUUGGCCCAUUCUUUCCAUUUCACUAAGGUUUCCUUUGGAAUCCAGCCCAACUGUUUGGUUUCACUGCCAGAAACGAAAACACCAAUUGCCUUUUCGUUUCCUCGGAAUAAAUCCAUGCCAUUUUAAUCUCUUGCAAAUGGAGAUUGAUGCCUUUUCACGAAGACAGCAGUUCCAGUAUUUUAAAAAACUCCCUCCUUAAACUUGGACAAUCCUGCUGGAGAAAAAGUGUUCACAGUUGUGCCGAGAGCUAUAUCUCAUAUAAGUUGAUGAACAGAAAUACUCUCCGCAUUUGUGAUGAAUCUUCCCUGCUGCGAACAUGGCCACCGCCUCAGACGUGUUGUAAUGUGUUUUGACGUCAUGUACGCCACGUUGAAGCUUCCCACCUAAAACCUGCCAGUAGACUGGGCCCUGGGAGAGUUACCAGUAUCUUCUGGGUAAUUUUAAAAAUGGCGAACGGAGUUGGCUAUCAAUGCAAAAACGGGCUAAAUGUAACAAGUCUUUAUGAUUCAUGGCUUAUGGUCGCCAGCUUGACUACAAUGUAAGCCAAACAGGAUGUCAUGUGAAAGCAAUACACAGAUCUUCUAGUACCAGGUAACUUUAUAAUCAAGAAAUGUGGACUGCCAUCAGUAUGUGGAGUAUUUGAAGGAUUCUGGCUACAUCCCAGACUUUCAUUGUCAGCUAGAAUUCUCAUUAAGUUUCAUCAGAUUAUAAGAUGAUAAUUAUGCUGCUGCUUUUCAUUAUCAUAAGCAGCUUGCAUACAUUAUACAUUUGGAAAGUAAUGUAGCUUAAUUUUAAAAUUUUCCACAACAUCAAACUUUACUGUAAAUCAUUAGCUAGCUAGCUUAAAAGAAAAUAUAUAUAUAUAUAUAUAUAUAUAUAUAUAUAUAUUCUGUUAUUACAGUUUUGUAUUGUUUUGUCUCUCUUAGAAGUAUAAGUAAAUUUAUUGUUUCAUUUUUUACUUAAUGUCACUUAAUUUGUGGCCCAAAAUAAUAGCAAUCAGUGUGGGUUUCUCUAGGCCCUGUGACAUACCUCUGGAAUUUCUGCCAUGCUUUGCAUUGUAGCCUUUUUGUUAGGUAACAAGUUUGUGCCUGUUCAGGUUGUUUUCCUGGUAGUUCCAUUGGCUGUCCAUUAAGUACUCAGCAAGCCCUCAUCAAAUCUUAGUGGUGAAACACCCUUACCACAGAGGCUAUUGGAAAUUCCAGAAGGAUGGGACUUACAAAUCCCUAUUGUUUAUAAUUUUUGAAAUCCCUCUUUUUUGGUGUCUUCCCUUUGUGGAUUAAUUGUGAAAUUAUCCUGAGAGUGGGAUGACGUAUUGGGCACGAUCCAUUCAACCAAAAUUUCCGGAAAUUUGGGUACAAAACUCAAUGGAUCGGUUCGGUCCAACUGGAAAAGUUUCGAAAAAACUGGUCCACCUUUCAGGUGGACCACUUCCAGUCGGACCAGUCUGAAGUCUGGUUAAAUGGAUCACGCCCAUUGAAAUUGGUAUCCACUUCGCAGUGGCGAGAGUAGGCGAGUUUAGGCGAGUUAAGGCGAGAUAAGGCGAGAUAAGGCGAGAUAAGGAAAUUUGCACAUAAUCGCAAGCGGCGAGUUAGGGCGAGUUAAGGCGAGUUAAGGCGAGUUUAGGUCCCAGAGUAGGCCUACCAGUGGGAUAAACAAAAUCAACACGUAAAAACUCCAAAGCGUUGUGAUGCCCCAUAUAUUGUCACAAAUACACAGGAGCGGAGGGUAAGAGUAAGAAUGUUACCCCCUACGGUUGCAGAAAAAAAUGGUAACGAUUAUCAAAUAAUGUUUGCUCGUUUUGUCUUCUUAUCAUCUGAUACAGGUUUACGUUCUAAAGCUCCGCAGAUUUCUUCUCCCGUGGUUUCGGUGACAGCCUACUUCAAUGUCAGUUUAAAGUGCUUAGUAUCUGUUAGGCCAAGCGACUGUUGGGACAAUUCUUUACAGUGGUAUUUUAACAACAGCUCAGUGAAAUUAAGAUCUGGUGAAAAGUAUGAUAUACAAGAAAGGACAACCAACACCAAAUGCGAAAAAGAUUUCAUUCUCACCAUUGUUAACGUUACUGAUGCAGACGAAGGAAAGUAUAAAUGUGAGUGGCUCUGCGAGAAUGACGACCCCAGCUUUUCCAGGUCUUCAAUUAUCCAGUUGAAAGUAUAUCCUCCAGAAGAAGGUACUGAUACUCCUGUGAUAUCCAAAGGUCUUGUGUCAGGAAAUUUAUCAUUGAAUUCAAAAAGUGAAAAACCCCACCAAAUUGAGUGAAGCAAGAAAAUAACCGCUCAAAACCCCGGGGAGGGGGAUGUACUUAGAAAAGUGUUUGCUGGGUAUAUGCUGCUGGCCUCUCAGAGCCCCUACCCCAUUAUAGUCUAUUCUGUGGCCAAUUAUAGACCCCAUCUUAGUCACUUUUGGGCAAAUGUGUAAUUUUCGCGAUCCCAAAUUAGUCGCUUUGUAUUUUUAUGAAUUGACCCAUUUUUUAGAUUGAAUUAAGAGCACUUUACUUUUCAUCUGCAGUACAAACAUUCUGGUACGUUUGCUAACCAUAAAUAUGGAGAACUGUCUUACCCAAAAAAAUCCGAAAAUGUGCGACCCCAUUAUAGGUAAUCCAGUCAUGAAAGUGGGACCCCAUCCAGCGGCACUUCCCCAUUAUCCUCUUAUUAGGAAGUACCCCCCCCUCCCCGGUUCAAAACAGUUAUACAGAAAAUGCAAAAGGAGUCAUGUAUGGACAAGCUUGAAGGGUUGAAACUGAUUGCAACUGAGUGUUUCAUUAGAAAACGAAGAAUCCAUUCAGAAGAAUAACUCGCAAUUGUGUAACAGUAAUUUGAUCUAAUUUCAUUCGAUCUGAAAUCAAAUUGUACAAAUAUAUUCUAUUCAAUAAGUGUAAUCAAAACAAUAAUUGAUAAAUGAAACUAGAUAAAGCGGAAUAAAUGCCGAUAAAAGCUAAACGUUGAUACAAGCGAAAUCGGGUGGUUCUUGAAAGUAACAAAGUCAAUUUAAGCUACUUUAAGUCUGUUUACAAGGUAACGAGAGAAAAAAAAAACUAAAUUAACAAAACGAACGUAACAUACAGUUCACUUACUUCACUGUCGACUGUUUUCUUAAAUGUCCUUGAAUAAGCAUUAAAUCGGUCCGGGUAGCAGGUAAACUGUUAACCCUUUGAUCCUUGAAGUACGGCGGUCGGUGAAAAACUUAUAAAAACUCGAACAAAGCGGGCACUUUUGUGGUUCCUGUUGGGCGUUUACGGUUUUCCUACUUUUGCCUGCUAGAUUAAAUAUAAAAUUCCUUGAAUAGUUCUUUUACUAAGUUAACACUGAGGUUUUUGGAAACUCAAAUAGCCUAAACGUUCAAAAUUCAUUUUUUUGUCUUUAACUUUUCCUAUAAUGUUUGGGGACAAAUGUGUUUGACAUGAAGCAGCGAUUUUGUCAUUUGCAAGUGAUUUCUUAACUUACGCUGAGUUCCAUUGAGAAUAAGGACAUAUUUGGCAAUAUUAUCAAAAUGAACCAGCAAACCAUGACGUCACAGAGCAUUUGUUUCGGUGAAGGGGUACUUCCUUUGUAAGCGAAUUGUUUAAAACCAUUUGGGUCUGAACCAGGGAAAGGUUUUGCGACGUUUGGAUACAGGGUCUGAAAUUACAUGUUCGUUCAUGAGUUUUUUUUUAUAUUUUUGUUUUUGCUCUUGUUUUAAAUCAUCCGCCUUCAGGUCUGUAAUAGGGAAGGAAAAGUCGUACUCUACCGACACAGGUGGACAGCGAAUUCCAUAAAUACGUGCACUUGAACUUUCCUUUUAAACGGAUAGGGCGAUUGAAGGGUAAAGUUUACUUCUGUUUUUGAAAUAAUUAUAGUGUAAAUUCUAGCUGAAAUUUCUACUCGUGCGGCUAUUUAUUACUAGGUGUCAGACAGUAACUCUGUCGCAAUACCCAUGCAGGGGACGGCGACUCGUAACACCCUCCUUUAUCUGCAUAAUCGUUUCACAUGAUACAAUAGUCGAAUCAGAAUCCAGCUUCUGGGUUGAGUAAUCAGUAUUAGGUUCCAGACCUCUUAUAUUUUAGGGCAGGUUUUGCACAUGCGCAGUUGCAUUAAAAGAAUGACUGGCAAAUGGUUCUUUUUGUGUUGUUGUUUAAGACCAGAAUAUUACAAUUUUGUCGACAAGGAUGGCGCUUGUAGGUCGAGUUGGAGGGUAUGUGGACGGUAAGGAAGAUAUUGCAAGUUAUAUCGAAAGAAUGGAAUUGUAUUAUACGUUUAUAGCGUUUAUCGUAUCAGAUGCAUGUGGCGUGCUGCGAAAUUUGUUAGCCCCUGAAAAUCCAAAAUAUAAGUCUUUUGUGCAAUAGUAUGUAAUGUAAUGUUUUGUGAGCUAAGAAAAACAUGUACUGACAUUGUAUGAAACCUGGAAGAAUCAACUGUAAGUAAAGGAUGGUAAUUAUAAGAGAAGUUGGGUUUGUGCUUUAGAUGCCACAGUAGAGGACAUCGUCGGCAUGAGACAUUCCAAUCCUCGCAAGAAGCCACAGGAGAGACGUCAUCACUUGGAGUAGCAACUAAUCACACGAGCUGUUGA